AUGACGGUGGUGACACGUGUGGGGCUUCACGGUUGGCGUUCCGCGGGAUCCUCCGACCAGUCUAACGGCUAAAGCACGGGCUUUUGUUGGAGGACCUGGACGGCGUGAGUGAUAACUUGGGCCUCUUGCUUGCUAUCUUUCGGGAUCAAAGCAAUUUAGCCCAGUGAUGAAUUUGGGCACUUGGGCUCCAUUUGGGCCCACUCACCGAUUCUGCCAUUUACAUUUACAUCUAAAUAUUAAAGAUUUGAUUUUUAAAACAUUGGAAUUCCCCAAAAUUGUAUCGCACUCGCACGAUUCCUCGCCCCCGUCCGCUGCUCCGUUAAAACCCCAUUCAAGCACUCGAGGAGCGGCACAAGUUCGAAAUAGAGAGCGAGAGAGGGCUCAGCCAUGGCGUCGUCCUCCUCGUUUAACUUCUCCACCUCGACCUCGUCGUCGCCCUUCUCUUCGUCGCCCUUCUCUUCCUCCUCCAUGUUCCCGGGCUUCUCCUUGACCCAAACUCAAUCCUCUUUCUCCCCUUCCCCUUUCUCCUCCUCCUCCUCCUCCUCCUCCUCCUCCUCCUCCGCUUCGUCUCAGCUCUUGUCCUUCGGAUCCACUCCCUCUCAGCCAUCCUCCGCCCUUUCCGGCGCGUCCUUUACCUCCGCCCCCGCCGCUGGCUUCUCCUUUGGAACCUCCUCCUCCUCCUCUUCCUCCUACCCUUCCGCUUUUGGCUCAUCGGCCUCAUCAGCUGCGACCGCGGCUAAUCUCUUCUCCGGAUCCACUGCUUCGUCCUCGGCUUCCAAGCCCUUCUCCUUCUCUUUGCCCAUCGGCUUCUCAUCAUCCGCCGCCUCUGCCUCUUCGUCAGCUCCGGCUACUUCUUUCUCCGGCUCGUCCUCAGCCUCCCUCGGGUUCGGGUCCGCUUUCUCUUUCAACACCGCCGCCGCCGCCACCACAAAUACCUCCUCCCCCGCUUCCUCCUUACCAUCUACCGCUCCCCCUCUCUUCGGAUCAUCCUCCUCUCCUGCAUUCUUUGGAUUUGGGUCCUCGACCUCUAGUUCUUCGACACUGUUUGGGGCAACGACUUCGGCUUCUUCAGCGGCUGCAGCACCAUCUUUCUCUGCAUCACCACCGUUCGGUACCUCCGUCGCCGCCUCCGCCUCGUCCUCGUCCUCGUCCUCGUCCUCGUCAGCCGCUGCAACAAGUGCCCCGUCCUUCCCUUCCUUUUCUCCAUCUCCAGCUGCUCCUUCUUUGACAAUGUCGACCCCGUCAUUCUCAUCCUUACUCCCUUCUGCUUCCUCUGCCUCUCCUUUGCCUUCUGCUUCGUCUCCUUCCUUCUCUUCUGGAGCCGGUCUAUCCUUCUCCAAGAGUGCUUCCGGCACUGCGCCAGCAGCUGGGACAGGUUCAUCGGCGCCCGUCAUGACUGCUGCUUUCUCUGCCUCCUCCCCCUCCUCCUCAUCUCCUUUUUCUUUUGGGAUGACGCCAGCAUCUUCUGCUUCUCAGCCUUCCUUCACCUCAGGCAGUGCAGCUUCUGCUGCUGCGACCACGGCCUCUACAGCAGCACCCUUCUCGGGUACUGCAGCUGCAAAACCGUUUGCCUUCUCGUUCAAUCCUUCUUCAGCACCAACUGCAAGCUCUGCUGCUUCCACUGCAAUGACGACCCCUCCUGCACUAUUCUCGUCACAAGCGCUGCCGUCUGCAGCUUCCUCUGCUUCCUCAGCUCCUGGCUUUGCUCUGCCGUUGUCAUCAUCAACAUCUGCGGUACCCACCACCACCCCCACGACUACCACUGCCGUCUCCACCUCAGUAGCUGCGACUGUGGCAGCUACAGCUGGAGCCACUUCUUUUCCAGCUUUUGGUGCAUCAACCUCUGCGGCAGCCUCAACUUCUGCAACGACACACUCUACACAGGCUGCACCAUUGUUUGGUGUUUCAUCUUCAGCGUCUGCAGGUGUGCCCGGUUCUAGUGCCAUGACAAAUCAGUCAUCGUCUUCAGCUGUUACAUUCAGUGGUAGUAGCGGACCUACAACAUCAACAACUUCAACAACAUCCCAAGCUCCAAAACUCCCAUCAGAGAUUGCUGGAAAAGUUGUCGAGGAGAUUAUUAGGGAUUGGAACAAUGAGCUACAAGAGCGCACUACAAAGUUCCGAAAACAAGCUACCGCAAUAGCUGAAUGGGACAGGAGGAUUCUACAAAAUCGGAAUGUCCUAAUCAGGCUUGAGGCUGAGGUGGCAAAAGUUGUCGAGACACAAAAUAGCUUGGAGCGACAACUUGAGCUGAUCGAAACUCAUCAGAAAGAGGUUGAUAAGGCACUGCAGAGUAUGGAAGAAGAAGCUGAACGUACAUUCCAGGAUGAACGUGCAUUGCUUCUUGAAGAUGAUGCUGCUUUUGCGAGAGAUUCAAUGUAUGAACAAGCAGAAUUUGUUGAGAGAGAAUUGCAACAUAUGACCGAACAAGUGAAAUCAAUUAUUCAAACAUUGAAUGCCACUCAGGGUGCUGACCUAGAUGCUGCUGAUGGUCUGUCACCUUUUGAUGUUGCUGUUCGGAUACUCAACAAUCAGCUAAGGUCCCUAAUGUGGAUAGACGAAAAGGCAAAUGAAUUCUCCGGUAGGAUACAGAAGCUGGCCAACCAUGGUGCUGCCCUUGAACGAGAUUCGACUGGCCGAGGAUUAUGGUUGAAGUGACAUCCCCUUGCACUUUUGGGGUGUGGUAACGGUGUCUUGGAGGUAAGAAAUUUCCCUUUCUACUUCCACCGAGUACCCAUAUCAGGUUGCUUUCAUUUUGCUUUCAUGUCAUGACUAGAGAGAUCCCCUUGCACUUUUGGGGUGUGUGAAAAUGGUGUCUAGAGGUGUAAGAAAAUUCCCUUUCCACCUGACUGAGUAACCUCAACAGAUUGCUCUCACUUUGCUUUCAUGUCAUGUACUAGUCUCUGACUAGCGUUGUAGUUGUGGCAUACAGACACUUGAUAUAUGCUGCUGUAAUAAGCUGGCUUGUGAAAACACUUUGUGUACCUUACAACUACUGAAUUGGACCGAUUUUGAUUGUGGAGGUCUCAUUGCAGAGAAA